CAGCUCCCAUCCUCAAGCUCCGUACCUUUCUCUCUUCUUCAUUCCCCCUAAUCCCGGAAUCCUCAACUGCUCCCCCUCUAUUUCUCCUCCAACUCUCGACCACUUCGAAACCACUGCACCUUCCUCAGAGGCUUCUUCCAGAUACAUUCCACCAGUCUCUGCUCUCUUCUCAGCUCACGUGAAAAUGUCUGGUCAACACGGAAGCGGGGCACCUGCCAACUCGGUUAGCGAGCCGUUUCCCGAGACAGGAGCUCAACCCCAUCGUGAAGCUCUCGAUGACUUGACCCCGCUGAACCAUAACACUCCUAGCCGCCUUCGUGUCCAUGCAAAUGGGGCACACUCUGACGCUGAGAACCGAGUUCCCGCAGACAUGCUCUUCAACUAUAUGAUUGCUGCAGUCUCGUUCUUCAUCAACGACUAUCAUCGUGCUUUGUCCAGCCUGAAUCCUUAUGAUGCUGUGCCAGUUGCUGAGAAGUUGGCGAACCAGAUCAUGAACAUCAUCAAAGGGAUUCCCAUCAACUGUCAACAGUAUCCCGACCCCGAGACUCACUUCAAAGGUCUCCUGGCUCUUUGCAAAAUCGGAGAAAUCAUACUGCGGGCCGGAAAUACGGAGCUGGGCGACCAAGUGCGAGGCUAUUUCGAUGGUAUCUCCGUUCUGGAACGGGCCAUGAUUGACGUGAUCGGCCAGAUGACCCCUGAGGAAAUAGCCGUAAUCCAGAACAGAGAGGGUCAGGACGACGACAGACAGCUCUUGCCAAAACUGCAAAUUCUGCAGGAGGAGGGGCGUUGGUGCCUGUUGUACGACAACAUGCACUUGGUUAUUGAUGCCCUCCAGGACCCCUCUCUCCUCCAUGACAACUCAAAUGGCGAUGAGAACUGAGAAAUCAAGGAAAAAUGAUAGGGUGAGCGGCUGCCCCGUCCUGUGAGGUCAUGAUCGGCGGCAUUCAUCUCAUGGACAGCGGGUAUUUGCCAUCAGGAGGCAUUUUGACGCAGCCCCCGACGAAACCUGUGACUCCUACAACCCCACACGAAGUCAACAAGUACAUUCGGACAGUCUUACUUUACUUCAAUAGCCGUCAACAGAACUAUUCGACAGGUGGACGAUCGUGGGUAAUAGUGGGAUAGUUGAAUCGAGA